AUGUCACAAGCGGCUAUAGACGUUCAGAAACCUCAUCCCAUAUCCAUCGUGUUCAUGUUGCACAUUCUCCUUGAAGCUCCUUUUUGCAUUGUCGCCCUCGUCUCUCCAGAGUCGUUGCCGUUUCUCGAGAUGAGCAACACGUCGCUCCUCGUCCUCAAGCUAUAUGCUGGUCUCGUUCUCUCUUCAAUUCUCGCGGCUUAUCUGGUGUCCGGUCUACCAGAGUUUCUUCCAGGGAAACGCGCUGUUGCCCUCCAGCUUUGUUUGUAUCAUACCGUAGCUGCGACCGCUCUCUGGCAUUCCCCUCGCUUCAUUCCAAUCACCCUUGGCGAGGACGCUGAACGCCUGGGAAUUACUCUGGAGAAGUAG